AUGGCCCUCUCCAUCUGGAAGCGCAAGCGUGAUCUGAUCUACCUCAUCUUCUUCCUCACGCAUAUCCCGAUCAUGUUCUGUGUGGAUCUUACACCAUUGUACCCGGCAGCUUUGAAGCCUGCGUUCAUGACGAAUCUAAGAAAGUGGUACAUCACCACAUACAGGGACCAAUUCUUCUCUUCUCCACCCUUCUGGGCUGUACCGGCUCUCCUCCGUGACGAUCCCAAGGUCCCAUUACAUCUACUUGUCUUUGCUCUGGAAGCUGGUCUGACAACCUUGACCUGUAUCGCGGAUUACUUGUCCUGGAGCAAUUAUUCGGGAACCGAGAAGAUUGAGCUUGGAAAGCUCUACGUUCCCUACCUUGCUCUGGCUAUCUUCAUGGGUCUUGAUAUGUUCUACCGUUUGAGUAGCAUGAUCACUAGGUCUGAUAAGCCCACCAGGGGCAAAAAAGUACAAUAG